AUGGACGACCGACCUCCCUCUCUGCGGGGAUGGAUGCAGAGCCUCCAAGCCUGGAUGUCCAAACACAACUGCCGGCCAAGCUGGAAUAGUGUGGACGUGGAGGAGCGAAAGCAAAGUCGAAGGUUGACCCAUGGACUUGCACUCUUGCAAGCAGGAAAGCUCAACGCGGCUGAAGCGGACUGGCUGCGGAGAUGUGAGCGUGCGCGAGACUGGCUCACUAGCCUGGGCAUGUGGCUGAGAGACCACCGCCGUUUGCCAAAGAAAAGAGCGGCAUGCCAAGAGGAGAAGCUGAUGUACAGUCGCUGGACCAAAGCCCAGGCGCAUCUACGCAACGACAAGUUGAGUCUCCUAGAAGCCCAGAUUCUGAAAGAUGCCGCUGCGCGGCUGACGCUUCGGGAAGGCAUGGACGACCGAUCUCCCUCUUUGCGGGGAUGGAUGCAGAGCCUCCAAGCCUGGAUGUCCAAACACAACUGCCGGCCAAGCUGGAAUGGUGCGGACGUGGAGGAGCGAAAGCAAAGUCGAAGGUUGGCCCAUGGACUUGCACUCCUGCAAGCAGGAAAGCUCAACGCCGCUGAAGCGAAGUGGCUGCGCAGAUGUGAGAAGCCAGCGAUCCGCUCUUGGCUGACCUGCCUUGCUGCCUGGGUUCGCUACUUCGAGCGGAGGCCCCGAGCCUCAGCGCAGGCGGAGGACGAGAAGCUGCAGUGGCGCAGCUGGAACGAGGCUGCGCGCGCAUUUUCGCGUGGGAAGCUGUCGCCUCCCGAGAGGCAGCUGUUCGUCGACAGCCAAGAGUGGCUUGAGGAGGUUCGUGGGUAG